ACAGUAAAAAAUCUGGGACAGGAGUUGAUGAUGUGUAUCAGUCAAGGUGGAGCCAUUUCAAGGAAAUGUCGUUUCUAAAAGAAUCGAUGAAAGCUGGCCCAAGCAAAGACUCGCUUGAACCACAGACUCGUCAAGCCACAGCCCGGUCUGAGGACUUGACAGAGACUAGCUCCAUAGCUCAAUCACCUCCAAGAAAAAGGAAGUCUGGCCCAUCUGUAAGUGCAAGGCAAACAAUAAUGGAAGAAGAAUUGAGAGUCCUCACCACCCCUGAUCCCAAGCCAGCAGAUGGGGAAGAAUAUUUCGCCCAACCUAUCGCUGCCUCAUUGAGAAAACCAUCUCCAAUCGCCAGGGAACAUGCUAAAUGUGGCAUACAGCAGGUGUUGUUAAAGUACUGUGCAAAGGAAGAUUAGGUUUGGUAUUAUUACAUCUCAUGCACAUUUAUUUUAAAUAAAUAAGUGAUGAACUAAUUGUUCAUCAAGUUUGUAUAGUUUGUAAACGUGCAAAGGACAUGCCCCAUCCAAUUUUGAAACAACUAUAUGUACACUUGAAAGGUCAAAGAUUUAGGUAAAAAAUAACUGAAAUAGCAGAACAUAAUAGGGAUCUUCAGCAUUACA